GCCACGGAAACCGCGAAUUUGCUCGGCUCAUUGACUUGAUACUCGCAAUUAAAAUGACUCCCAAGCUGCCACUAAUGAUCGAAAGAUGAGUCCAUAAAAGCGGCGCUUCUGGCCACACAGCAGCAUUCAAAUUUGCAAAAUGAUUCGAGUUCUAGUGCUGCUGGUAGUGCUUCAAAUGUGCGCUUUUAGCGAGUCUCGCUUCGCCAAAAUUAACAUCAAUCUGGGACUAACCGUGGCCGAUGACUCACCCAAAACGCUCACCGAGGACAUGAUUCGCCUGUGUGGCGAUCAAACGGAUAUAUCCCUCAAGGAGUUGCACAAGUUGCAGAGGGAGGACUAUUCGGAGUCCUCGGAAUCGAUUCAGUGUUUCACCCAUUGCCUCUACGAGCAGAUGGGUCUGAUGCACGAUGGCGUUUUUGUGGAACGCGAUCUGUUUGGCCUCCUUUCGGAUGCCAGUAAUCCCGAUAUGUGGCCAGAGCGCCAGUGCCACGCGAUUCGUGGCAGCAACAAAUGUGAGACCGCCUUCAAGAUUCACCAAUGCCGGCAGCAAUUGAAACAGCCCAAGGAGGUGGAGGUCACCACCGAUGCACCCAAGCCUUAGAAUUUCUCAUGAUGGUGUAUAUGCGCCUAACGAUUAAAAUAUAUGCGUUUGAACAUUAAAUGAAUCAAAAAAUGGAA